UGUCGAAGGCUUCAGCCUGAAACUGGAAACACACCCAACAAAUAUAGCCAGCGGUUUGGGUAAACACCUCUGACCCUGACACAGUCCACUUCAGAGAGCUGUGUAAAGGCGAGCACCUGUCCUUUGACCUCUUUUACACACAAUGGUGAAGUAGUCAGCUGUGACUGACACCAGACACAAAGACACUGGUGGUUUCUGACACCGGUGGGUAAAGCUCCCUGUCACCUGUUCUUACUCUUUUCUCCAUCAGUGAACCACAUAGUGCCCCGAGCCGCAGCACUGAGCCCCAGAUCGUCCUCCACCAUGGCUAUUAACGAGUUUCUCGCCGCGUCGGACAUCACAUCAGCCAUUAAUGCUUGUAAAGCAAAGGAUUCCUUUAGCCCGAAGACAUUUUUCAAAACAGUGGGUUUGUCCAAGAAAACCCCAACAGAGAUUGAGAGAAUCUUUAAGAUUCUGGACCAGGACCAAAGUGGCUACAUAGAACAGCACGAGCUACAAUUGUUCCUGCAGAAUUUCUCCAAAGGAGCAAGGCUCCUGACGAUGGCCGAGACCAGAGCUUUCCUCCUGGAAGGAGACUCGGAUGGAGAUGGGAAGAUUGGAUGGGAAGAAUUUUCUGCACUAGUCAAGUCGUCUUAAGACUUGCAGGACGGCUUUGAGGAAUUCUGGGCUUUUCAUCGUGAUGUGGACCUCAUGUACAUAAUAGGCUCAGCAGGAAUCUCGUGUUUGGAAUGAUAGUUUUCAGGGAAAUUUUAUGUUUUAAACUUAUUAUUACAUUAAAUAUUGUGUGUUUCCCUGCAAAUCAGAAAAUAAAGAUCAUGUUGCCA